CAUCCCGUGAGCUGUAAGCAGCUGUAAGCACGUACAAACAUACGUACCGGUCACAGUAAGCGAUUCACUCCCGAAUUUCCAAUUUUGAAUUUUGUAAAAUAAUUUCCGAAUAUCAAAACCUUAUUUGGAGAACUUAAAUCGAGUGUUUCGAAUUUUUCCAUCAUUCAAUAGAAGGAAUUUGGGAAAUUUGCAUUGUCUCAGUAAUUCGACUUUGCGGUUGACAUCUUAAGAAUGGCGAAGUGGGGUGAAGGAGAUCCUCGAUGGAUUGUGGAAGAAAGGCCAGAUGCGACAAAUGUCAACAAUUGGCAUUGGACUGAGAAAAAUGCCUGUUCCUGGUCGCAGGAUAAGAUAAAGGAUUUAUUUACGAAUUUAGUCAUCGAAGGAGAUGGGAUUAAGUGCAUUGUAAAAGAAAUAGAAAAGCAAGAAGGUGAAGCAAUAGCAAAUAAUAGAAAAGGGAAACUCAUAGUUUUUUAUGAAUGGAAUAUUGUACUUAAAUGGAUCUAUGACGGAGAUUCCGAUAGCAGUAUUGAAGGAAAGAUCAACAUUCCAAACUUGUCGGAAGAAAAUGACAUCGCAGAAGUAGAUGUUGAAAUUACUUUGAAGGACAGUACGGAUUUAGGAGAAAAAGUAAAACAUUUUUUGCAUACUGUAGGAAAGAAACUUAUUAGAGAAAAAUUAAAAGAAUAUGUCAGCUCUUUAAAAGAUGAGUUCACAAAAGGAAUGAUUCUUCCAAAGAAAGACAGUGUUGCCGAAAAUAUAUCAAAUAUAACAUCAGGAUUUGACGUUAAGAUGAAAAUGGAUUCUGUUAUAUUGCCAUCAUCAAAAGAUAGUUCAACAAAAAAUAAAGUUGCUACUACAACACUAACGCAGCAGCAGCAAUUUCAAUGUAGAGCAGCAGAUUUUUGCAAUGCUUAUCUAAAUCCUCAGAUGGUGGAAGUCUUUACGAAGAGUUCAGUAAAACUUGAUCCAAAGAAACAUGGAAAGUUCGAGCUUUUCGGAGGAAACAUCCAUGGUGAAUUUGUAGAUAUAACUCCUACUAAAAUUGUGCAGAAAUGGCGGUGUAAACAAUGGCCUGCUGAACAUUAUAGCGAAGUGACUCUUGAAGUAAACGAAAAGAGUGAUCAUACGGAAGUUAAACUCACACAGAUCGGUGUUCCAACCAGUGAGGAAAAAGUAACCAGGGAGAAUUGGGAAAGAUAUUACUGGGAUGCUAUAAAAAGGAGUUUUGGUUUUGGGUACUUUAUGUGAUCUUGCUAUGAAUUGACCCAGUAUGUAUUUAUUAAUAGGUAGUAACAAUUGCGAUGUGUUGUGUAUACCUUAUGCUAAAAAGAACCGUUAAAAACAAAAUUAUUGUUUCACAAUGUUAGAUUAAUAUUAUCGUUUAAUUAUGGCACGUAAUCAAUGCUAGCAAUGCAUGCAAGCAGAUUUUAAAUCUGCAGCAACGUUGCGUAAUAACUUUGAAGACAGGCGUAUGAUUAGUUAAAUAAAUUGCAGAAAAGCUUUGAACAUUUCUUUUUGUACAUCAAGCAAGCACUAUAAAAUUAUGAUUUAAGUUUUUCACAUAUUCAGAAAAAUACUGCCACUACGAAACAAUGGAAGUACUGGGAAAACAAAUAUAAUUGCAUUCAUUGAAAA